GUGGUAUAAGCCGAGUACCCCAGCUGAGACUGCUAGCUCUGACCAGCUGAAUGAGUGUCGGCAAGCGCGAAAGAUAUCGUGAUCAGCAAGUUCUAUUUUGACUUUAGGGCAACUGCCAAAGAGACUGAAAGCGAAGAAACAAUGGCUUCCACCGUAACCUCGAGCGCCAGCUCGAGCUCCGACGAGAUUGUACCCUCGUCUGUGACCCCCCACCCGCGCCGUCGAGCAUAUUUAGCCACCAUGCCUGUAACCGUCACCAAGCCCCGAAAGACGAAGCAACAGCCUCCCCAAGAGAUCAUUGACGAGUUCUGGACAAAGUUCACGACCAAGACUCCGGGUAAAGCUACCACUGUCAUUCCCCAGAAUGCGUACGCUGAGAGAGUCGCAAAGCGGUCUUCCAAGGCCACUAGGAUCUUCACCCAGACGUCGUACGACGAGGCCGCGACUGUCUGCAAAGCCAAGGUCGACAAGAUCGUUUACGAGUGUCGCCGAGUAAACCAACGUUAUAGAGACCCUCACUAUGAUAUCGAAUUUGACCUCAAGUUCGGGCGAUGCGAAACCCCGCAGUCUUCUUUCCAGCCCAAGGCCGUCAAGCGCGUUGUCGAUAUCUUCGACAACCCGCAGUUCUAUAUUGACGGGCCUACAGCUGACGAUGUGCGCCAAGGUCGAGACGGAGACUGUUGGCUCAUGGCUGCAUUGUGCAAUCUGAGUAACAAGCCUGGUCUAAUUGAAAAGGUCUGCGUUGCGCAUGACCUUGAAGUUGGCGUGUACGGUUUUGUCUUCCAUCGCGACGGAGAGUGGUUCAGCGAGAUCAUCGAUGACAAGCUGUACCUUACUAAACCCGACUAUGACGAGCCCUACUUGGAGCGCAUCCUCUGGGAAGAUCGGGAGCGCAUCAAUUCAGAAGAAGCCUAUAGGCGUAUCUAUCAGUCAAACAGCGGCGCGCUUUACUUUGCUCAGUGCGAGAAUCCUAACGAGACAUGGCUGCCGCUCCUUGAGAAAGCAUACGCGAAAGCGCAUGGAGACUAUGCCUCCAUUGAGGGUGGGUUCACGGGCGAGGCCAUUGAGGACCUUACGGGUGGCGUAACCUCGGAGGUCUACACUACAGACAUUCUUGACAAGGAGUACUUCUGGAAAGAGAAACUCCUAAAAGUCAAUGAAGACUGGCUCCUGGGCUGUUCCACUGGGUUUGCAUCAAGGGGCCUGGGGGAACGUAAGGGCAUCAUCGAGAUGCAUGCUUACAGUGUCAUGAAGGCAGUUGAAAUGGAUGGUCAAAGACUGGUUCUUCUCAAGAACCCCUGGGGAAAGGGUGAAUGGAAAGGAGCUUGGAGCGAUGGUUCCAAAGAAUGGACCCCUGAGUGGUUGCAGAAACUCAAACAUACGUUCGGCGACGACGGCGCCUUCUGGAUUUCGUACCACGAUCUCCUCAAAAAAUACAGCAUAUUUGAUGUUACCCGGUUAUUCGGUCCCGAGUGGAAGGUUACAUCCAUUUGGACAACGCUCUCGGUCCCCUGGACCCUGGACUACCACGAGACGUAUUUCGCCUUUACAAUCUCCAAGCCGGGUCCCGUCGUGAUUGUGCUAGCACAACUUGACGAUCGAUAUUUUCGUGGGUUGGAAGGACAAUACCGGUUUGAUUUGCAAUUCCGUCUGCACAAAGCCGGCCAAGAGGACUAUGUCGUUCGGAGUCAAGCAUCUUACCGCAUGAACCGAUCCGUGAACGUUGAACUCGACCUUCAAGCUGGUAGCUACGAGGUUCUUGUCAAGCUAGAUGCGGUGCGAAACGACGGCGUUCUUCCCAUUGACCAAGUGAUUCGUAACAAUGCCAAAAACCGUCGGGAGAAGCUGAUCCGGAUAGGGUUGGCCUAUGACCUUGCUCAUAGCAAGGGAAAACUUGUCGAGUCACCCGCGGAGAAAUCAGCCAAACAGGCACACGAGAAGAGACAGCGGGAAAAGCGACGUGCCGAUAUCAAGCGCAAAAUCCUCGAAGAGCGAGAGCAAGAGCAUUACCUCAGGAUCAAAGCCAAGAAGAAAGCUCAGAAGCAACAGGCGAAACGCAUUGCACAACACCAGGCAGCAAAAGAGAAGCUACGUGCACAAGAAAAGAUAUCUCACCCCCCUCCGUCGAGGCAAUCUGAGCCGAUCCCAAAUCCACCAAGCCCUGUGGCCAAAGUCAUAAUCCAGGAAGACAAACCUGAAGCUCUUGAGAUUGCAACCAAAAAUCUUUCUUUGUCGAACGAUUCUCGAGGAAUGAGCAGCCAAGGCAAUUCAGGCACCGCGGCCACUGAGGACAUGCCGGUUUCUCCCCGUCACAAAGACAGAGCCAUACCGCAAAUGUUCAACUCGGCUGGAAUGCUGGAACAAAACAGCAAAAGAGGUCCGGGAUUUCUGACGCCCCCCAAGCCUACGAACAAGCAUUCCAGGGGAGAUAGGCGCGAGAUAGUCAGCGUCAAGAGUGAGGUGCAAGAGACUAUCCUUCAGGAUGCCGAAGAGACGAUGAGUGAAGCAGCACCCGCGUCGGAGUAUUCUGCACCUUACCCUUGCGAGUCGGACGAUGAUGGCAUUGCAAGUGUAUCAUCCAUGUCAGAGCUUUCUGAGCGGGAACUGGAGCUCGAGAUUGACGCUGUUGAAAGGCGGGAGCCCAAUACGGAUCGUCUGCCGCCGCAGCCAGCGCCUGGUGCGCCUGCCGAGGAGCAAGACGAAUUUGAAAGAGAUCCGUGGAAUGCUGUGGCUGUCGUUGGACUUCGAGUAUACUCUAAGGUAUCGGAUGAAGAUCAAGAAGAGGUGAUUGGCAACCUUCGGGUUGUGCGGCCAAGCUUAUAUCCCCAGGAGGAGGCACUUCCGCAAACCUCAGAGCUGGGUGACAAGAAGUCUAAAGGUCUAGAUGUGGAUGACAGUGCCAAAGAUGCCACUCUCGAGGGAGAAAUCAAACAGAGAAAGAAGAGCAUACGGCCUACCAGUGAGGACUUCAGCGAUGCUUCAAAGCUGCCUCGCUCUGAUGCUGGUAGAAAAAGGAGGGCCAUUCCUGGCGCUAAUUCUUUGGGGUACACGGUCGACUUCCAAGCUUGA